GAUUACGAUUUUGAGGUGUCGCCUGUCGAGUGGUAGUCUUGUUACACGAGCGGCAGACUCGAAGGAUACGAAGGAUUAAUUGGCGGGUCCGAUCGCGCACGCUGCCACCCUUCGCUCUGCCUCCCCCUUUUUCUUCUCGCAGUGAUCCCUUCGAAGGGGUUGCACGCCACGCCGGAUACCGCGGGCACGGCGAGUGGCAGGAGGAGAAAAAAGAAGCGCAGAGGAGGAAUGAAAGAAAGGAGUUGCUAAUUGACACGGACGAUUGCAUGUAACGGUAUAAUUAGAGAAAAGAAUACGAAGAGCCCGGGCCGAUGCACCGAUGAAACCAAUGAACCAGCCACCGCGCGGCCAGAAGGAAAGGAGAGAGAAGGAAAAAGCGCGAGCGGAGCAACGGAAGAGAGACGAACGGAAAGGCAGAAAAGUAGCAGGGGAGAGAAGCAGCCGGCGGCUUUCGUGCGACCAUCGAGGGGUUCCCUCUCCAGAGAAAGAGCCGUGGAUAAGAGAGAGCGAGAGGAUGAUAGCGGGAGAGAAACAAGGAGAAAGAGGGAGGCACUGCUUGGAGAGACAGAGAAGGAGAGUAGGGGUACGUAAACAGCAGAGGGAGCGGGAGAGAGAGAAAGAAUGAUAGAACGAGGGGAGAGGGAGAGCGAAAAGAGAGGGACCAUGGGCUCGUGGACCCUGCUGCGUUCAUUCUGUACCAACACGCCGCGCUGAUCGGUUUCGCAGCGUUCCUGGGAACCCCCCGCAAUAACACGAGGAACAGCCGUUCUCCAACGAGAUCGCUUUCAGAGGGAAGAUCCUGCUCAGUGUCGUUAGAUUUUCAUCUCUUCAGCGACAUCUUCUCGACCUCCUCUCCUCGCCGAGAUACGAGCCGCGCGUCCCGUGACGACAGGAUGCCGCAGGACGAGACUCGGGAAGUGUCCCGGUGAAAGGUGUAGCGAGAGUCUUGUCGUCUUUUUUUUUCGAGAACUGAUCUCGUCGGGACCAGACUUCCUCAUCCGAAUACCUAGUGAAGAACCGCAACUAUUGCUGCGAUCCUCGAGGGGAUAUCUGAGCAAAAAGCAUCUCUCCAGAGAGAAUUGCGACAUCAUUCGGGAAAGGUGAUCUUGGGUUCCCCGGCGAUUCGCGGAUAGAUUUAACCUGAAGAAAGUUUCAUCUUCCUGCCACCGGUCAGUCCUAUCGUAGAUUGAAAAGAAACUCGGUAUUAUUAUGAAGAAAAAUCGUGCGAAUGCUGACAACUUUAACGCGAAAGCGAGUGCUCGAGGGACCAACGAAUGAUGUAUGUCGGUGGUUCGCUUUUAUCUCGGACGUUUGAUCGAGAGACAGGUUUCCGAACGGAACAAGAACAGUUUUACGGGCGUCGCGCAUUCGCGAGCAGCGAGAUAUAAAUUCAUCAGCAUUCGGAGCAACGAUUCACGCGAGGAAGACCAUGCAUUGAAGAGAUCGCGGAGAUUGAUCUCGGCGAUUGGACGGCACGAAUAAGUCGAUUCUUCUUCGAGGUUGAAACGAGAAUUAACGGCGGCAUUUCCAAUCGGCGCGGUUCUUUUACGAGGCUCCAGCAGCGGCGGAAAUUAUUCCGUCAAGAUCGCAAUCGCCGGAGCGCGAGCAGCUCGCCCAGGCGAUCAGGUUUCGCCCCGCGAAAGAAACCUGGCUUCGCGUUCUCCGCUGGAGAAAGAUCCUCGAGAGUGGUCGCACGGUCGGAUCCGAGAGAUAGGGCGGACUAAUUAUGCGAGUCGGUGGGUCUUAUGGGCCGCAAAAUGAGACGUGAAACGGCGCGUCGUGUCAAGCGAGGAACAAGAGGAAGAGGAACGUUUUCGGAGACUCUACUCGCGGAAGGGACGAGGACUUGUCGCGGAGAUUUUCGAUGAAAAAAAUCAAGGGAAGGAAGAACGACAAUAAUCGAUUCGCAUUCGGUAGGAUCGGGAGGAGCGAUAAGCGAGGAUCAUCCCGCCGAGUCGAACUGAACCGAGACGCAAUUAUCUUGGAUACUUAACGACCACGGCUCGUUCCGUUCCGGGGGAAAACAUGACGAUACGCGGCGAUGGUCUACUAGUGAUACUGCGAUCAUUGUUGAUCGUCGUCGUCGUCGCCACCGCUUCCACGGUACCGGGGACCUGGAUAAAUCUGGGUCUACGACACUUCCCACAAUUGGAAGCGGCGCAGUCGAUGGAGACGUUCGACGCGAGUGCCUCCGAGAUCUGCACCAGCUUGAGGGGAUUGUCUCAAGGUCAAGGGAAGCUUUGUCAAUUAUCCGUGGAUCACAUGUCCAGCGUGACCAAAGGUGCAAAAUACGGCAUCGCAGAGUGUCAGCAUCAGUUCAGAGACAGAAGGUGGAAUUGUUCCACCGUUCACGACGAGAACGUGUUUGGGCCGAUACUUAGAAUAGCGAGUAGGGAAACUGCAUUUGUUCACGCCAUCACCGCUGCUGGUGUAGUUUACUCCAUCAGUCGCUCUUGCCGAGAUGGUCAACUAUCGUCAUGUGGCUGUUCCAGGAGUAGCAGGCCCAGAGAUUUGAAUCGCGAUUGGAUCUGGGGCGGAUGCGGGGAUAAUCUCGAGUACGGCUACAAAUUCACGCAAUCAUUCGUUGACGUGCGAGAGCGCGAAGGUAGCUUUAAGAAAGGCAGCCGGGAACAGGGCAGAAGCUUGAUGAAUUUACACAAUAAUGAAGCCGGUCGCAGGGCCGUCAUCAAAAGGUCCAAGGUGACGUGCAAAUGUCAUGGCGUUUCCGGAAGCUGCAGUCUGAUUACUUGCUGGCAGCAACUCACAUCGUUUCGCGAGAUCGGCGAUUUUCUGUUGGACAAAUAUGACGGUGCAACUGAGGUCAAGGUCAAUCGGCGGGGUCGCUUGUCGAUGCGCGAUCCAAGAUUUUCCGUGCCUACUGCCAAUGACUUGGUCUAUCUGGAUGACUCGCCAAACUAUUGCCUUCCAAAUGAUACCUUAGGAUCGUUAGGUACACAGGGCAGACUAUGCAAUAGAACUUCCUCCGGCAUGGAUGGUUGCAAUCUUCUUUGUUGUGGCAGAGGGUACAAUACACAAAAGUCGACCAUCAGGGAGAGAUGCGAAUGUAAAUUUCACUGGUGUUGUUACGUCGAAUGCAAGACUUGCGUGAAAAAUAUCGAUAUCCAUACUUGCAAGUAGAGUGCUACUUUCUUACUAUUUAUUCUUUUUUUUAUGAUCCUUUUUUUGACUUAUCUUCGUAUUAUCGAAGGUAUAUACAUAUAUAUAUACGUGUAAUUAACGGUGUCAUAUUCUCAUAACAGUGGCAUUAUUGUUUCGUGCAGUCAAUGAAUUUUUGUAUAUUAUACUCUUUCUUUAAAAGUACUCUCUAUAUA